AUGAAGAGGGAAGUCCAGGAACAGAGCAUUCUGUCCCUCCUGGAGAGGGUCAUGUUGGGAGUGUCUCCGCUGGUAUCACAGCUAAUUUUGCCAGAACUGAAUGCUGCUGGUGAGAAGAUGGUAAUCAUUUGCAACAUAAGUGGGUUUAGACCCAAAGCAAUCAACAUUCAUUGGUACAUUGAUAAACCCAGGCGAGAACCAGAAAGUGAUCUGUCAGAGAAUGAGCCUCUGCUGCAACCUGUUGAGGUAACGAGCCAAGCACAGCAUCCCGUCACUAAACAUGGCAAUGUGUUUAAUGUGACGUCCCAGUUAUCUUUCACCCCCUGUAUCCUGGAUGAUGGAGCAAUGCUAGUGUGUGAGGUGCAGCACAGAGCACUGCAGAGUGUAACCAGGCGUGAGUGCCCCAUACAUGUAGUAGCACGUCCUAAAAGAAGUUACAUUACAAGCUGGCCGCAAGUUCCUCAGGCAGGAAAACCUCUGACUCUAACCUGUAUUGUGGAAAAGUUUUAUCCAAAGAUGAUAACCAUAACCUGGCUAAAGAACGGACAGUCGCUGACCAAUAUCAUUCCACUUGGACCUUUUCCUUGUGAAAAUGAUUAUUACACUGCCUGGAGCCAGACAGACUUUUUACUGACUGAAGACGAUGAUGGGGCAAUUUUUACAUGUCAGAUCAGUCAUAGCAGCCUGGGGAAGAUAGAGGAACUGUCCUAUGAAAUCAAUUUAAAAGGAACACCUCCAGAGGUUCAGUUUAUUUCUGCCGAUCCUCCAAUUCCCACCAAAGGAGAGUCGAUGCGUCUCAGCUGCAUGAUCAAUAACUUUUUUCCUGCAGAGAUAAGAGUGAUUUGGUUCAAAAAUGGCAUUCGGCUGGAGGCUGGCAUCUAUGAUUCUCAAUGUGUCACCAGUAAUAUUGGCCUUCAUUCUAUGUGUAGUAUUUUAAAGUUUUCUCCUCAAAAUGAGGAUGAUGAGAGUGUUUUCACAUGUACUGUUCAGCACAUUGCACUAAAGUAUGGUGAAGAAAGGUUUUACACACUGAGGUUACCCUGGAUUACAGAUUUAAUAACUUCUGUUGAUUACGUAAUAGAUUAAUUUAAGACACUAAAUUAAAUGUAUCUAUUUUUUUUUGAAGCCUGCCCUGAAGUAGGGUUAGAUUAAAGCUGGGUACACACCAGUGACGUGCAGAGUGGUGAGGCAGAGCCUUUCCUGUCAUACUUACGUUUGUUUCAGAGUUUUGACUGUAUGAAGUAUAUGAAAAAUACAAAGAAAAUUUUAGAAAUAUCUUCUUUGUAUUAUUCUAAUAAUUUUUAUAGUCAAAACUCUGGAGUAAAAAGUCUAUGGCAGGGGAGCCUACAGUACCUUUUCUCCAGGGACGGAUUGGCCCACUAGGACACCAUGACAGAUUCCGAUGGGCUGGUCCUAUACGCCCCUCAGCCAGGCUGACUCACACUCAGGCUGAGCUGGCUCACACUGCUUCCAGUACUUGCAGUUCAUUGGAGCGCAAUCCGGAAGUUAGGCUAGCGGGCACUUCCAGGUGCCGCUAGCCGUGAAAAGGGGCGAAGCUGUUCUACCAAUGGGGGGACCUGGAGAAAGUUAACCAGCCCAGCAGGAUCCUCUCUCUGUCCCUGGUCAAAGGUCUCUUCAACGAGCCCGGCCCAGGAGCAGCAGCAAAGCGAUGGUCGGAGCCGGGUUCACUACACCCGUCGCCACCCCAACUCCUGCACUCUCACUGAACUGGCCAGAGCGGUGACUGAGCACUGAAGGAGACCCGGCAGAGAGGUUAUUUUUAAUUACAUUAUUUGCAUUAUCAUGUUGGUGUAAGGGUUAGGGCGUCCCUGGUCACAGUGUAUGGUUUGGGGACUGGAUGGGAGCAGGAUGUACCUUGUUCUUAGGAUGCCAGCCCAGGGACAAUCUCUAAUGCAAUGUCCUAUAGCUGUCCAAUGUCUAUCCAUGAUGAUGGGCCUAUUUAUGUAAUGCGGUGGCUACGUAUUUAAUGUGUUGCUAUUUGUGUAAUGAGGUGCUAUACAUGUAAUGUGGAGCUAGUCGUAUAAUGCGGUGCUAUACGUGUAGUGCGGUGCUAUACCUG